AUGACGUUCAGGCAGUCGCGGAUGAGCUUCUCUUGCGUGCUGCUGUUGCCAUGCCCCCAUCAGCGCGCGCUUCCGCCCGAGGUCUCCCCGGACGCGGGGGAUUCAGAGAGCAGCAGUGGCGGCAGCAGCGCGGACGAGGGGUUGGGGGACAGCAGUCUCGCGGACCUCAUUGACGCCGCGCUCGCCGCCGCGCACGCCUCGUGCUGCACGCAGAUGGACCGCCUGCGCUCGCAACCCGACGUGGAGGCAGUGCACGACCUGAGGGUGGCGGUGCGGCGCCUGCGCGCCACCGUUUCCGUCUUCUCCCCAUUCAUCCAGGUGCCUGACGCCCUCAGGCCGCGCGCGCUGGGGAAGCUGCUGCGCGCACUGGGGGCAGUCAGAGAUGCUGACGUCAUGCUGGAGACGCUGGCAGCAGUACAGCAGCGCGUGAGCGAGCGUGGGGUGGAGGAGGCGCGGGGCGAGCAGCGGGCGGUGGGGCGGUUUGAGCACGCGGUGCGCAAGCGGCAGAGGCGCCUGCUGCGCGCCGCGCUCUCUGCCACGGCCAGCAAGGACGCCCACCACACCAUGCACGCUCUUGAGCGGUGUGCGCAGGGUGUGAAGCCGCUGUCGCCAGCAGCAGCGGUGCUGCAGCAGCACGUGGCACUCUCAGCGCCCUCUCUGCUCACCCCACACAUCGCCGCUGCUCUGCUCAACCACGCGUGGUCCAUCGAUGGUCUCUCCCUCGCCCGCGCCCACACCCUCUUGCACCUUUCCCUCGCUUCCCUCUACGCCACCUCGCAUCCUGCUCUCUCCUUACACCUUUCUCGCACGCAUCACUUGCCGUGCUCCCAGUUUUCUCUCAGAGACUUACACAUUGUGUUCCGUCCACCCCCACCCUCUCCCCGUUGCUCCCUCCUUUUGCAAUGGCCACCGGACUGUGGCCCGGCAUGGGUUGCAGAUCUCGUGACCCUCGAGCUCACCCCCGGUGCUGCUCAGAAACAGCAGCAGGGAACAACCAGCAUUGGUGGCAGUAAUGGUGAUGGUGCUGGUGGCGGUGACAGUGGUGGCGGUGGUGGUGAGCGGUGCACAGUGGUGUACAGGCAUGACAUCAUGGACCACAUGCAUGCUCUGCGCAAACUGCUCCGAGGCAAGCCAUCCCUCCACCUCUGCUGCCUGCCCUCGCCCUUUCUUCCCCUCGCAUCUUCCCGCCCUUCCCCUUCCUUCAUCAUUUCCUCAACGCCUCUGCUCUAG